AUGGCGGGGGGGCGGCGAAGGAGCCGCUGGAGAGCUGGAGAGGGGCUGCUGCCCGCUUUGCUGCUGUGCUGCUGCUGCUGUCGGGCGGCGCCGGAGCGGCUCCGCUACGCUAUUCCCGAGGAGCUGAGCAGGGGCUCGCUGGUGGGGCCGCUGGCGCGGGACCUGGGGCUGAGCCCGGCCGAGCUGCCGGCGUGUCAGCUGCGGCUCAGCUCGGAAAAGCGCUACUUCGCCGUGAACGGGGAGAACGGGAACCUGUACGUGAGCGAGAGGCUGGACCGGGAGGAGCUGUGCGGCGAGUCGGCGUCCUGUGCCGUCAGCUUCGAGGCGGUGGUGCAGAACCCUCUCAACGUCUUCCAUGUCGAAGUGGCCAUCCACGACAUCAACGACAAUUCCCCGGCGUUUAGCAAGGCAGUUCUGGAUCUCGAGAUCGGGGAGUGGACCCUCCCCGGAGCUCGCUUUCCGCUGGAGGUGGCCCGAGACCCGGACGUGGGAAGCAAUUCUCUGCUUACUUACCAGCUCUCUGAAGACUCGUCCUUCUCUCUGGCGAUGAAGGUGAGCAAAGGAGGAAAGAAGCAGCCGGAAUUAGUGCUGGAGCGAGCUCUGGACCGCGAGAAACAGAGCUCCUUUCAGUUGGUUCUAACAGCGACUGAUGGAGGCGACCCCGCGAGGUCCGGAAGUGUGCAGAUCCGCGUGAACGUGAGUGACGCCAACGACAACGCGCCCGUGUUCAACAAAAGCGCGUAUGAGGCGCAAGUGCGGGAGAAUCUGCCGGUGGGAUCAUUGGUGCUGCAGGUGCGAGCUACAGAUGCGGACGCGGGCUCCAAUGGGCGGGUCUCCUACUUCUUCGGCAACGUCCUGGAGAGCGUCCGCACCUUGUUCAGCAUCGAUGCCGAGAGCGGCGAGGUGAGAACUGCCGGGCCGCUGGACUUCGAGGAGAGGAGUAAGUACAGCUUCGGUUUGGAGGGGCGGGACGGCGGCGGGCUGACGGGACACUGCGAGGUGCAGAUCGACAUAAUCGACGAGAACGACAACGAGCCCGAAAUAACGACGCUGUCGAUGUCGAGCCCGGUGCCUGAGGACGCGCCGCCAGGCACCGUCGUGGCGCUGCUGAAAGUGCGGGACCGGGACUCCGGCGAGAACGGGCGGGUGCGGUGCGAGCUGUCGGGAGAGGCACCACUGCAGAUCGUGGCAUCGUCGGGUGGCUCCUACAAAGUGGUGACGGUGGGCGCGCUGGACCGGGAGCGGGCGUCCGAGCACCGGGUGACGGUGAUCGCCACGGACGGGGGCAGCCCGGCGCUGUCGAGCC